CUGUUUUGCUCCCUGCUCUUUAUAUAUAGAAUAACUAAAUAUCAUAUACAAAUAAUAUCGUUAAGAUUACUCAAGCUGACUAACUUUUAUAAAUAACUAAAUGUCUUAUACAGGAGAUUUGAGUCCAAAUUCGGCUUAGCGGCUCAGUUCUCCUGUUCUCAACGACACCGCUGCAGCGCCUCAAGGAGCAGCCAGGAUCCCGCGCAUCCUCCCAGGGCCUAGGCCACCGCCAGUCUCCAUCCCUGCCCCGCGCGGCUGCCCCCCGGCCGCCGCCCGCGCGCCUGCAUCCUUGCCCCGGCCGCCGCCCGCGCGCAGCACGCGCGUCCAGUCCAGGCGUCCAGCCCCGCCCCGGCUGGCCGGCGGCGCCACGCCGCCACCCCCUCGCCGUGCGCGUCGAGCCCAGCCAACCGCAACCCGCACGCCUCCAGCCCCUGGCCGGCCCCGGCUGGCCGGCGUUCGGCUGCCCCUGCCGCCUGCAACCCACUCAGCCAGCCUCGGCUAGUUGCCCUGCAGACUUCUCAGUUUCUCUUAUAACAGGUCUUCAAUGAGUCUUCUGAUAUCUUGCUUUUGAGUUGCUGAUCUUCUCAACCACCACAUUGCCUCCGUCCAAGUCCAUGUCGCAUCCUUUGAAGUGUUUCCAUAAACACUUGCAAAAAAUAUUAGUCCAAAUGGUUAUGUUGUUCAUCAAACACCAAAAUCCAUUAAUCAAAUGAGUUGCGGUCCAUUUUUCUUACAUUAGUCACUUGUCUUCUAGGGACUAUAGAGAACAUCAAUAAUGGUAGCUUCAAAGGCACUUGGUUAGACUACUUAGACAACCGUCCUAGUUAUAAAGUCUUCUACUUAGACUCUUUACACCUCCUCUUCUCUACCAGUGACAAGUCAAACAACUAUUGAUAGCAUAAAUUUUGAUGACUAGCUCGUCGACUGCCAACAUAAUCUUUCGAAUGCGCGAUUGUGGAUUCGUUUGCCACCAACGCUCUCAAUCGACGGCAUCCAAAUCAGGGAGGCAGGGAGUCUAGGUAGUGUUAGGCUCAUUGUGCAUAGACGGGGGUGUGACCAUAUCUAGGUGGGGCUUUGCCUCCUGAGUUUCCCCUGCGGUCGUGUGGUGUUGCCUCCCAAGUCCCCACUACGACAUGUCGGGACAACCAUUAUGCCGCCUCCAUCUAUGUCGUGGAACCUUUUACUACGUCACAGGGGUGGUAAUGAGCUCUAAAUUUUACACUAUAAAAUUUAAGGAUCGGAUAAGAUUAGGAACUGACUCUCUCUAUUCACUUUUGAACUAAAAUUAAUUAAGGGCUCAAACAAAUUGUGAAGAAACAUUUGGAUCGUGAUCCAUUACCACCCCUAACGACACGACAACGUGCCUUCUCCGGGUCUCCCCACCUCCUAUUCGUUUGUGUAGACGUACCCUGAGAUCUAGCCCAACCCAUGUAAAAAGAAAAACAAUUCCAUGGACUGGUCUUCAACUCCCCGUUCCCGAUUGCGACGACAGGCGAAGGGGCUAAUGCCACUGCACUAGGGUUCAAGCGCCCGCAGUUUGGCGCCUUUGACCUUCAAUACUGGGUUCAUGAUUCAUUCCUCUUCCUGUCCUUGGAUGGCGACGUCGUUACUGGGACCCACACAGGCACAACCACACAUCCACUGAGCUGUUGAGGACCUGAGGACCCAAUCCCCAAGCCUCAAGAUACAGCAGUGAUGGACAUUGAGCGAUGCAGGAUAUGGUGGCCACGCCAGGAGCUGCAGUUCAAGCAGAAACCCUUCUCACCGAGGCUCAUCCUGUUUGGAUGGUUCUUCAGCAGUGCUGGUUCUAUCGACAUCGUCAUCUCUGCAGCUGUGCCCCAAGUUCACAUCCUGCACUCUUUUGCCACACUGGACACCCUCCAGACCAUCAUCCUUUCCUCAAAUAAAAGGAUGCCAGUAAGCCUGCAAGAAUCUGCUGCAUUUACCAUUCUUGGGGAUUGUGUCCGACACCCCCCUAAAGAGUUAGAAGGAUACUGCUUUAAUAAAUUGGAGCAGCUGCCCUUGGAUGCAAACUUUGUUCAGAAAGAACAUUUUGGCACGAGAAGAAACAAUGUCAUGAUUGGAUCAGUUGGGAAUGGGGAUCAGGGUCCAAGUUAUGAUCAUAGGAGAUGGGGAUGCGAUUGUUGUGUGUUGGAUGGUUUUCUGGAAGUUUGCAGAAAGUCUGCAGUCAAAGAGGGCAGUUGGGUGCACUUGUAUUGGAAGUUUGGAGAGAACUUUAAGAGCAACCUGAAUCAAGUUCCAGUUCUUCACCAUUUGUAUCUUGAUGGCCAACAGAUUGAAAACAAUCGUUGCCAUGUCAUACUGUAUGAGGUUCCGACCAUUGGCAGAAACCAUUUCUCACUGGGUUUGGAUGCACCCCGUACGUUGAAUGUUUCUUUCAAAAAGCCAAAUUGGAUAAAUGAUCUACAAAAGCAACCAUCAUUUCUUGAUUUGGAUUCAAUUGUUUUGGCGCUUAAUUGUUCAAAUGCAGCUAGACUGCCGGACACUCAGGAAUGUUCUACUACAUGCUCAGGGGCUUAUUUCAUCUUUGCAUCUGUAUACGAUGUCUUAGUUCAAGUAACAUGGCAUUGCGUGGGGAUAUUUUUGGCUUCAUCAUCAACUAUUCUCUACAUCAUGAUUCUAAUGUCCCGGAAAUGUUUAAGCCAUAUGCCCCAGUACUUGAUGCUAAAUAAGGUUUUCAGACAUUCAUGGAACAACAUUCAUCUUCGCAGCUGUCAAAUUCUCUACUGGCCAAUUGUCUUCCAAGAUGCUUCCUUAAGCUCCACUGUGAAUGUUGAAUAUGCACACAAAGCUGCAAUUCGGAAGCAUGCUUUGUGGUCAAGUAUCAUUGUGGAUCUCCUGAUGGGUUUUGUCCUUGGAGCAGCAUUCUUAUUAAAUACAGAGACUAUUUGUAUUUGGACUAUUGCUCUCGUCCACCACAUGACAGAAGCAAUCUUGAGAUCCGGUUGUGUGUGGCUGAUGGGUGUUCCAGCUGGAUUUAAGCUGAAUACAGAGUUAGCAGAGCUCUUAGGCAUGAUUUCUCUUAAUGCAGUUCAAAUUUACUCUACCCUUUGGUUUUUCGUUGGAGGCUACCUGAGACAUAUAAUUCAAGGCAUUGCAGUCUCUGGAAUUAUUUUAGGACUUACAGCUCCAGUUUCAUUCUUUAUUGACAUUAUCCAGCUUGCUACGUUGCAUGUUACCAUCCUUCACUGGUUAAUCUCAUCGUUAUAUUCAAGACAAAUUCAGACAGUAGCAUCAUUGUGGCGUCUUUUCAGAGGGCGCAAAUGGAAUCCUCUUAGGCAGAGGUUAGAUAGUUAUGACUACACAGUUGAACAGCACGUGGUUGGUUCCCUGUUGUUUACACCAAUCCUACUUCUUAUACCUACAACUUCUGUAUUCUAUGUAUUCUUCUCUAUCUUGACAACAACGGUUAUCUGGGUGUGUGUGAUGCUGGAAAUUGUCAUUGCUCUAAUCCAAUCCACUCCUUAUGCUGAGUUAACUCUAUGGGUGAUGAGGAGGCACAGAUUUCCUGCUGGAUUAUUUUUCUUUCAUCUGCCAUCAAAUGGGCAUACUUUUGAAGAUGACGACCUAUCAUCCCAUUCAGUCGGAUGUUGCAAUGAAACAAGAAAGGAGGAUCUAAUCGACAAACUAUCAGAAUCAUUAGUUUCAGAACUUCAUUGCAGCUAUGCGACUUUUGUUCAAGUAAUCAGAUCAAAUUACGAGAGAGUUUUCAACAGGACUGGUUACUCCUUUUGCAAACAAUUGGCAUACGGGAUCCUUAGCGGUGAAAGGGUGCCUUCAUCGCUUCAUCUGCAGACGUCUCCCUCAUUUCCCUGGAUGAACAUCGGUAUUACGGAGUAUUGGAUGCACUGCUAUGUUUGUGUCCUUCAGUGUGCACCAAAGAGCUUUGAUCUGCAGUUUGGAUUUACGAACAAGAACUCACCAGCUGCUGAUAUUUUCAGAGAUACAUGAUGAUUGCAUUUGAACGAACCUUGGUUCUUUUCGGCGGUUUUGGUUUCAAAUAGAGGUUUUCUAUAGUGGUGGUUGAUUAUUCUGGAGGCAAGGGAAGGUCAUCUGUACACUCAUGGAGCCUUUUCCCUCGUAACAAUAGCGAUGCGAGUUUUUUAAGUCAGCUGUAAUUUUAUAGUUAUAUGGGAUUUGCACGAUUAUGGUGCUUCUACUUGAGUACUUGACACUCGUGUGCUAGCUGUGUUUUCAUGAAAGAAACUGAAUAUCAGCUAGACUGACGGGUGAGAGAAAAGGACUCAUGCUCCGCUGCAAAGAUGAACCUCAUUGUUGCUUCACGAUAAUAGCUUCUUCUGCACGUGGCAAAUAGCUGGCAUGUAGCAGGAUAUUUUCUUUUCAAAUAUUUGGGGUACCUGACCUUGCUUACCCAAAAAGCCGAGUAGAUUUAGCUUACUAUGCAUUGGUGAUAUUUUUGGCAAUGAACACGAAUCGAGAAGUCGUAGCGUUAUAGCGAGCUGGGCCAAUGUAAGUCAGUGUUGCACGGGAUAUUGUCUACAUCACAUGCAGAUUUUUUUUUCCCACGCGAACGAUGCAGUGAACAUGCAUUUAGGUUAAACUCUUAGGCUCAUUUGGAAUGCAACAAGUUUAUAGAGAUUGUAUUUGAA